CAAUAAUUUCUCCGAAAGUCAUAUUUUUAAAAUACUCAGAAAUUGACUAACUUAUAUAGUUGCAUGCUCUAAUUAAGAACAGUCACUGAAAAUUAGACAUAGUUUUUUUGUUGAUUUCUCCUGUGGAUUGUUGUAUAAUAAGAAAACUAGAAUCCAUCCUCGUUAAGUUUGAGUGCUAAUAUUUAUUCUUGUUACACCAAUAAUUAUUUUAUAUUCGUGGUAUUAUAGAUUACCCAUUGCCAGAGCACUUGAAAUGCGGCCAGAAGCCGCAAGACGGCACAUUCACAGAGAAAGGCGACUGUAUUAGCCACCAAUACCUAGAUCAUUUGAAGAGCUAGGAGAUCUGAUGGAUGAAUAUCCGCCUGUCCAGGGUAUUUCUCGCGGAACAAGAAUUGCAGCCGAUGGCUCGGUGGUGUACUUUUUCGGAUCUACUGAAAUGAUAAAUCUAUUAACUUCUGCAACAGAAUUUUACGUCGAUGGGACGUUUAGAACGGUUCCAAGAACUCCACGAGCUGAAGAAAAUGGAUGUGGGGAUUCCGGUCUUAUUUGUACUUUGCAGCUUAAGAACUAAGGCUUUGUAUAACACAAUUUGGGAAUUUAUUAUUGCAAGAGUAAAUGGAAUCCAAAAUCGUUUACAACGUGUAGUAAUUGAUUUUGAGGCAGCGAUCAUUUCAUCGAUUAAAGAAACUUUUCCUUUAGUGAGAAUAAGAGGCUGCUGGUUCCAUUGUUUACGAGCAAUGACACGCAAGUGGAAUUCCUUACGACUUCCUCAAGGCAAUGAUAAGACACUAAAACUGGCUUGGGCUUUAUCUCUUCUUCCUCCGCAACUUUUUCACGAAGCUAUUGGAAUUAUUGUUGAGUCAGCGGAACGUAUUGAAGCAGAGCAUCCAAAUGUUUCACUGUUUAUUUAUUAUUUGUAUAACCAGUGGCUACCUCUUGCAGACAUCGUUUCUGUGUGAAACUCCCCAUGGCGUACCAAUAACUUCGCAGAAUCUUUCAACCGCCAUUUGGUAGCUAGAUUGAGUGGCGAGUAUCCAUCACUAUUCACGUUUUUGAACAAUUAGAAAAGUGAUUCAUGAUACACAUAUAAAUGGCAUCGAUUGAAUGAAGGA